AUGGCGGCAUCCAUUAUCGAUGACCUUGAAACUCAGGGGCUUUCGACAUCUCGUCGUUCCCAAGAUUCCCUUUCGUCCGUUUCAACCACGAGCCUCGUCUUCGAUCGAAUCCAAGAAGAGAUGGAUAAGGACCCUUCCGACCGCAAAACUGGCAGAUCUGACUAUCUGGCGCCGACGAAAGAUGAGGGAAAUUACGAAGACGUUUCCGAGACGGGGGCUUUUCUUGGAGAACCGGGUGUGCCGUUGCAGCGCAAACCAAUGGACCGGGGCUUUCGCAGAGUCUUGAUCAUAAUUGGAGCUGUCUUCGUUGCAGCCUGGCUUGCAGGACUUGGAGUGUUUGUCCUGACCGGCUCAUACAAGCACGAGAGCGACUCAGAACACAAUCCUGAUGCGAACUCGAGGGGGUCGGGCAAGGCCGUCACCAUGGACCAAGUAUUCAGUGGCUUCUGGUCUCCCAGAUCUCAAAGUAUCAGCUGGAUAGAGGACCCUGACGGCGACGAUGGCCUAUUGUUUGAAGUGGGCACUACAAAAGGUUUCUUGAUUGCUGAAGACGUUCGCACCAACAAGGCCGGCAAGGAUGCUGUUUCUCCCCAAACCGCCGACACCAAGCUCGCCAAGUCGCGAAUACUGAUGAAGGACUCCUUCUUCAUGUACAAGGACGAAAUCAAGAAACCAGAGUGGUAUAAACCUAGCCCAGACCUGAAAAAGGUCCUGUUGGCAGUAAAAUACGAAAAGAACUGGCGCCAUUCAUUCAAGGCAACCUACUUCAUUCUCGAUGUGGAAACCGCAAAGGUUGAGCCUCUCUUCCCAGAUGAUGCCAACGCCAGAGUUCAGCUUGCCAACUGGAGCCCUAAGAGCGACGCUAUAUCAUUCACCAUGAACAACAACAUUUACAUCCGUCGACUAAACCAGGCAAAUGAUGUGGUGCAAAUCACCAAAGACGGUGGACCAGAGUACUUUUACGGCAUUCCCGACUGGGUCUACGAGGAGGAAGUCCUGUCUGGUCGAACGGCCACCUGGUGGUGUGAGGAUGGAAAAUAUCUCGCCUUUUUGCGUACCAAUGAGACGGCUGUGCCUGAAUACGCUAUUGAAUACUACAUCCAACGUCCGACAGGAAAGAAGCCCCUCAAAGGCGAGGAAGCGUAUCCCGACGUUCGCAAGAUUAAAUACCCCAAGCCCGGCGCACACAACCCUGUUGUCGAUGUCCAAUACUAUGAUGUCUCCAAGGGCGAUGUAUUCUCUGUACCUGCUGCCGACGAAUUUCCUGACGAUGACCGCAUCAUUACCAAUGUCCUUUGGGCUGGCAAUAAUGUCCUGGUCAAGCAGUCCAACCGCGUGGGCGACUUCCUCAAACUUAUUCACGUUGAUCCAUCCAAGCGAGAAGCAAAAAUCGUCAAUAGUGUCAACGUUGCCGAAAUCGACGGCGGGUGGUUCGAAAUCUCCCACACAAUGACUUACGUCCCAGCCGACGUCAGCAAGGGCCGCCAACAAGACGGAUAUGUCGACACAGUUAUCCACGAGGGCUACGAGCACAUUGGCUACUUCACACCCAUCGACAACCCCAAGCCAAUAAUGCUGACAUCCGGGAAGUGGGAAGUCGAAGAUGCCCCAUCGGCCGUAGACCUCACCAACAACCUCGUGUACUUCGUUGCCGCCAAGGAAUCUUCCAUUCAACGCCACGUAUAUUCCGUUAAACUCGACGGUUCAGACCUGACUCCCCUGACAGACACUACCUCAGAAGGCUACUACACCGUCUCCUUCUCAUCAAAGGCCGGAUUCGCCCUCCUCACCUACAAGGGUCCCAAAAUUCCCUACCAAAAGGUCAUUUCCACACCCUCCACCACCGCCAAAUACUCCCGCACCAUCGAAGACAACGCCGAGCUGGCAGACAGGGCCAAGAAGCACGAGCUCCCCAUCCUCAAAUACGGCACGCUCAAGCUCUCCAACGGCAUAUCAGUAAACUAUCUCGAGCGCCGCCCUCCCCACUUCAACCCCAAGAAGAAGUACCCCAUCCUUUUCCAGCAAUACUCGGGCCCUAUAUCCCAAACCGUCACCAAGAAAUUCACCGUCGACUUCCAAUCCUACGUCGCCUCCUCCCUAGGCUAUCUCGUCGUGACCAUUGACCCCCGGGGAACCGGCUUCCUCGGCCGCCAGCACCGCGUCGUCGUCCGCUCCAAAAUAGGCGUCCUCGAAGCCGAAGACCACAUCGCCGCCGCAAAGCACUAUUCCUCCCUCCCCUACGUGGACCCCUCUCGCCUCGCAAUAUGGGGCUGGUCCUACGGCGGCUUCCAAACCCUCAAGACCCUCGAAGUAGACGCCGGACAGACAUACUCCUACGGCAUGGCCGUCGCCCCCGUAACAGACUGGCGUUUCUACGAUAGUAUCUACACAGAGCGAUACAUGCGUCUCCCGCAAGACAACUCCGCAGGCUACGAGGCUUCCGCCAUCACAAACGCCACCGCCCUCGGAAUGAACAAGCGUUUCCUCAUCAUGCACGGCUCCGCAGAUGACAAUGUCCAUUUCCAGAAUUCUCUCAAGUUACUAGAUACCUUGGACCUAGCCGGGGUUGAAAACUACGACGUGCACGUAUUCCCAGACAGUGACCAUGGCAUUGGCUUCCACGGCGCCAAUAGGCUAGUUUACGACAGAUUAAAUAAUUGGCUGAUUAAUGCAUUUAAUGGGGAGUGGCUCAAGAUAGCUAACCCCAAGCCGAUCGAUACGAAGAAAAAGAGGGAUACGUCAGUUGUGAUGGAGCAACGAUGUUUGGAAAUGUAA